GAGGCUUCCCCGUCUUUUCCUCGCAUCGGUUGGAUCGCAGCCGCCCAACAUGCCGGCUUACCAUUCGAUGCUGAUGGAUCCUGACGCCAAACUGAUCGGGAACAUGGCCCUGCUGCCAAUUAGAAGUCAGUUUAAGGGGCCUGCGCCCAGAGAAACCAAAGACACAGACAUUAUUGAUGAAGCCAUCUACUACUUCAAAGCAAACGUCUUCUUUAAAAAUUAUGAAAUCAAGAAUGAGGCUGACCGAACCUUGAUCUACAUCACCCUCUACAUCUCAGAGUGCUUGAAAAAGCUGCAAAAGUGUAAUUCCAAAGGCCAAGGCGAAAAAGAAAUGUACACCCUAGGAAUAACAGGCUUCCCCAUUCCUGGAGAGCCAGGGUUUCCACUCAACGCUCUCUAUGCCAGACCCAGCAACAAGCAAGAAGACGAGGUGAUGCGAGCUUAUUUGCAGCAACUGAGGCAAGAAACUGGGCUGAGGCUUUGCGAAAAGGUCUUUGAUCCCCAGAGUGACAAGCCUAGCAAGUGGUGGAUGUGUUUUGUGAAGAGGCAGUUCAUGAACAAGAGCCUGUCAGCCCCCGGGCAGUGAAGAGGAGCACGAGGAGCAUUUUUGUCCAAGCACUUUGCUGCCAGAUGUACAAAAUUUUGCCUCUGUUUUAAUAUAUGUUUUCUACUGAGAGAGAAUAAACGCUUCUGCAGGGGGGAAAAGGCCACCGACAGCAUGAAACGUGGAACCAAAAUUAUGUGCCAGUUGUCUUGUUAAGCUGGAGCUUAAUGAUGGAUGAUAAUAAUUAAAAAACUGGUUUCUAACA